AGCAAAGCAGCUAGUUCCAAGCACAGGCCCGGCAGCUCUCGGCGGCUUGUACUUUCAGUUUCGCACAGAUCGCGAAGGAGCCGGGAACGCUGAGGGGGACUGUACUAUGGAAACAACGUGCCAAUCCAGCUCAAGGACAUAGCCCAGAUACCCAUGAGACCCUCUCCAUGGGGACCCUAAUGCACCUAUCAUGAACAAGGAGACCGAAGCUGGCUCCUCAUGGACCCCAUUGGCCUCCAGCUGGGCACCAGGAACCUGUGGAGCUGGCUGGUGAGCCUGCUCAGCAAAGACCCAGAAUGGCUGAACUCCAAGAUGAAGUUCUUCCUCCCCAACGCAGACCUGGAUUCCAGGAACGAGCCCUCAGAUCCUGAACAGAGAAUCAUCCUACAACUCAGAAAACUGCAUGUCCAAGGUGUGGCCACCUGGCAGUCUUUCAUCCACUGUGUGUGCAUGGAGCUGGAGGUGCCCCUGGAGCUGGAGGUGCCGCUGCUGAGCACUUGGGGCUGUGAUGAUGGGCUCACUAGCCAGCUGGGAGCUGAAGAGAAAAGCCGACGUGAAUCUCAGCUCCAUCAUGGCCUCAAGCGCCCCCAUCAGAGCUGUGGGUCCUCACCCUGCCGGAAGCAGUGCAGGAAGCAGCAGCUAGAGUUGGCCAAGAAGUACGUGCAGCUCCUGCGGACCUCUGCCUUGCAGCGCUAUGGGAGCCGAAUCCCUGGGUCAGGGCAGCCCCAUGCCUUCCACCAGGCCUAUGUCCCUCCAAUCCUGCGCCGGGCCACAGCGCCCUUGGAGACUCAGGGGGGGUGCAUUGUGGGGAACCCCAGGGUGGAAGAUGGCACUGAUGUGAGCAUCUCAGACCUCUUCAACACCAGGACUAACAAGGGCCCGAGGGUGACCAUACUCUUGGGGAAGGCUGGCAUGGGCAAGACCACGCUGGCCCACCACCUCUGCCGGAAGUGGGCAGAGGGCCAUCUGGACUGUUUCCAGGCCCUGUUCCUUUUUGAAUUCCGCCAGCUCAAUCUGAUCACAAGGUUCCUGACACUGCCCCAGCUCCUUUUUGAUCUGUACCUGAGCCCUGAGUCAGACCCCGAUGCUGUCUUCCAGUACCUGGAAAAGAAUGCUGACCAAGUCCUGCUGAUUUUUGAUGGGCUAGAUGAGGCCCUUCAGCCCUGCUUCAGCACGGAUCCUGAGGAUCCUGAUGACCCAGGCCCUGUUCUUGCCCUGUUCUCUGGUCUCUGCCAUGGGACCCUCCUGCCCGGCUGCUGGGUGUUGGCCACCUCCCGUCCAGGGAAGCUGCCUGCCUGCCUGCCCACAGAGGCAGCUGUGGUCCACAUGUUGGGCUUUGAUGGGCCUCGGGUGGAGGAAUAUGUAAAUCGCUUCUUCAGCGCCCAGCCAUCACGGGAGGGGGCCCUGGAGGAGUUACAGACAAAUGGACGUCUUCAGAGCCUAUGUGCGGUGCCUGCGCUGUGCCAAGUUGCCUGCCUCUGCCUCCACCAUCUGCUCCCUGACCAUGCCCCAGGCCAGUCUGCAGCCCUGCUGACCACCAUGACUCAGCUCUAUAUGCAGAUGGUGCUCGCCCUCAGCCCCCGCGGGCACUUGCCCACCACGUCCCUGCUGGGCCUGGGGGAGGUGGCCCUGAGGAACCUGGAGACAGGGAAGGUUACCUUCUAUGCAAGAGACAUCCCUCCACACCUGAUGGCCUUUGGGGCCACCCACAGUCUGCUGACCUCCUUCUGCAUCUGCACAGGCCCUGGGCACCAGCAGACAGGCUAUGCUUUCACCCACUUCAGCCUGCAGGAGUUUUUAGCUGCCCUGUACCUGAUGGCCAGCCCCAAGGUGGACAAAGACUUACUCACCCAGCAUGUUACCCUCAAUUCCCGCUGGGUACUGCGGACUGGACCUAAAGCUAAACUGGACCUCUCAGACCACCUCCCCACCUUCCUGGCAGGCCUGGCAUCCUGCACCUGCCGUCCCUUCCUUAGCCACCUGGCACAGCGUGGUGAGGACUGGGUGGGCACCAAGCAGGCCGCUGUCGUGCAGGCAUUGAAGAAGUUGGCCACCCGCAAGCUCACAGGGCCAAAGGUGGUAGAGCUGUUACACUGUGUGGAUGAGACACAGGAACCUGAGCUGGCCAGUCUCACUGCACAAAGCCUGCCCUAUCAACUGCCCUUCCACAAUUUCCCACUGACCUACACUGAUCUGGCCAUCCUGACCAACAUCCUAAAGCUCAGGGAGGCCCCCAUCCACCUGGAUUUUGAGGGCUGCACCCUGGAGCCCCACUGCCCUGAGGCUCUGGUAGGCUGUGGGCAGAUAGAGAAUCUCAGCUUUAAGAGCAGGAAAUGUGGGGAUGCCUUUGCAGAAGCCCUCUCCAGGAGCUUGCCGACAAUGGGGAGGCUGCAGAUGCUGGGGUUAGCAGGAAGUAAGAUCACUGCCCGAGGCAUCAGCCACCUGGUGAAAGCUCUGCCCCUCUGUCCACAGCUGGAAGAAGUUAGUUUUCAGGACAACCAGCUCAAUGAUCAGGUGGUGCUGAACAUCGUGGAGGUUCUCCCUUACCUGCCACGGCUCCGGAAGCUUGACCUGAGCGGCAACAGCAUCUGUGUGUCAACCCUACUCUGCUUGACAAAGGUGGCAGUCACGUGUCCUACCAUCAGCAUGCUGCAGGCCAGGGAGGCAGACCUCAUCUUCCUUCUUUCCCCACCCAUGGAGACAACUGCAGAACUACAAAGAGCUCCAGACCUGCAGGAAAGUGAUGGCCAGAGGAAAGAGGCUCAGAGCAGAAGCCUGACACUCAGGCUUCAGAAGUGUCAGCUCCAGGUCCACGAUGCAGAGACCCUCAUAGCCCUGCUCCGGGAAGGCCCCCACCUGGAGGAAGUAGACCUCUCAGGGAACCAGCUGGAAGACGAAGGCUGUCAGCUGAUGGCAGAGGCUGUAUCCCAGCUGCACAUCACCAAGAAGCUGGACCUCAGCGACAACGGGCUCUCUGCGGCCGGGGUGCAUUGUGUGCUGAGGGCCGUGCGUGCAUGCUGGACCCUGGCAGAGCUGCACAUCAGCCUGCUGCAGAAAACUGUAGUCUUCAUGUUUGCCCAGGACCCAGAGCAGCAGGAGGGGCCCCAGAACAGGGCUGCAUCUCUUGACAGCCUCAUGCUCCAGAUGCCCUCUGAGCUGCCUCUGAGCUCCCGAAGGAUGAGGCUGACACAUUGUGGCCUCCAAGCAAAGCACCUGGAGCAGCUCUGCAAGGCUCUGGGAGGAAGCUGCCACCUUGGUCACCUCCACCUCGACUUCUCAGGCAAUGCUCUAGGGGAUGAAGGUGCAGCCCGGCUGGCUCAGCUGCUCCCGGAGCUGGGAGCUCUGCAGUCCUUGAACCUCAGUGAGAACGGUUUGUCCCUGGAUGCUGUGUUGGGUUUGACUCGGUGCUUCUCCACUCUGCAGUGGGUCUUCCACUUGGACAUCAGCUUUGAGAGGCAGCGCAUCCUCCUGAGAGGGGACAAGACAGGCAGGGGUAUAUGGACCAGUGAACCUUUGCCAGACCUUCCAGCUGCAGCUGAGUUCUUGGGGUUCCGUCGGCGCUGCAUCCCCAGGAGCCUCUGCCUCAGUGAGUGUCCUCUGGAGCCCCAGACCCUCACCCACCUCUGUGCCACCCUGGAGGCAUGCCCAGGACCACUGGAACUCCAAUUGUCCUGUGAGGUCCUGAGUGACCAGAGCCUGGAGACUCUGCUGCACUGCCUGCCCCGACUCCCCCAGCUGAGCCUGCUGCAGCUGAGCCAGACGGGACUGUCCCCAAGAAGCCCCUUCCUGCUGGCCGACAUCUUCAGCCUGUGCCCUCGGGUUAAAAAGGUGGAUCUCAGGUCUCUGCACCACGCAUCCCUACACUUCAGAUCUAACGAGGAGCAGGAAGGCGUGUGCUGUGGCAGGUUCACGGGCUGCAGCCUCAGCCAGGAGCAGGUGGAGUCACUGUGCUGGUUGCUGAGCAAGUGUGAGGACCUCAGCCAGGUGGACCUCUCAGUAAACCAGCUGGGUGACGGUGGGAUCAGAUCCGUUCUGGAAUGUCUGCCGCAGGUGCCCAUCUCCGGUUCACUUGAUCUGAGUCACAACAACGCCUCUCAGGAAAGUGCCCUGUGCCUGGUAGAGACCCUGUCCUCCUGCCCACGUGUCCGGGAGGCCUCGGUGAACCUGGGCUCUGAGCAGAGCUUCCAGAUUCACUUCUCCAAAGAGGACCAGGCUGGGAAGACGCUCAGGCUGAGUGAGUGCAGCUUCCGUCCAGAGCACGUGUUCAGGCUGGCUGUCGGCCUGAGCCAGUCCUUGCAGCUUACGGAGCUCAUGCUGACCCAGUGCUGCCUGGGCCAAGAGCAGCUGACCACCCUCCUGAGCUUGGUGCAGCGACCAGCAGGGCUGUUCAGCCUCAGGGUGCAGGAGCCAUGGGUGGACCAAGCUGGAGUACUCUCCCUAUUAGAAGUCUGCGCCCAGGCCUCAGGCAAUGUCACUGAAAUAAGCAUCUCCGAGACCCAGCAGCAGCUCCGUGUCCAGCUGGAGUUUCCUCGCCAGGAAGAGAAUCCAGAAGCUGUGGCCCUCAGGUUGGCUCACUGUGGCCUUGGGACCCACCACAGCCUUCUUGUGAGGCAGCUGAUGGAGACAUGUGCCAGGCUGCAGCAGCUCAGCUUGUCUCAGGUUAACCUCUGCGAGGACGAUGAUGCCAGCUCCCUGCUGCUGCGGAGUCUCCUGCUGUCCCUCUCUGAGCUGAAGAAAUUUCGGCUGACCUCCAGCCGUGUGAGCACCGCGGGCCUUGCCCACCUGGCAUCUGGUCUGGGCCGCUGCCACCACUUGGAGGAGCUGGAGUGGUCUAACACUGAAUUCGAUGAGACGGGCACCAAGGUGCUGAUGAGGGCCCUUGAGGAAAAACGGACGCUAAAGAGGCUGGACCUCAGUCACCUUCUGCUAAAUGGCUCCACCUUGGCCUUGCUUACUCGCGGACUAAGCCACAUGACCCUCCUGCAGAGCCUCCGACUGAACAGGAACAGUAUUGGUGAUGUCGAUUGCCGCCACCUUUCUAAGGCUCUCAGAGCUGCCACCAGCCUGGAGGAGCUGGACUUGAGCCACAACCAGAUUGGAGACGCCGGUGUCCGGUACUUAGCUACCAUCCUGCCGGGGCUGCCAGAGCUCAGGAAGAUAGACCUCUCAGUGAAUAGCAUCAGCCCAGCCGGAGGAGUGAAGCUGGCGGAGUCUCUUGCUCUUUGCAGGCGCCUGGAGGAGCUGAUGCUUGGCUGCAAUGACCUGGGGGAUCGCACAGCCCUGGAGCUGGCUCGGGAGCUGCCCCAGCACCUGAGAGUCCUGCACCUGCCGUCCAGCCAUCUGGGCCCAAAUGGGGCCCUGAGCCUGGUCCAGGCCCUGGAUGGAUCCCCCCAUGUGGAAGAGAUCAGCUUGGCAGAAAAUAACCUGGCCGAAGGGGUCCUGCAUUUCUGUAAGGGGCUCCCACUGCUCAGACGGAUAGACCUGGUUUCCUGUAAGAUUGACAACCAGACAGCCAAGCUCCUCACCCCCAGCUUCACACUCUGCCCUGCCCUGGAAGUAAUCUUGCUGUCCUGGAAUCUCCUAGGGGAUGAGGCAGCUGCGGAGCUGGCCCAGGUUCUGCCGCGGAUGGGCCGGCUGAAGAGAGUGGACCUGGAGAAGAAUCAGAUCACAGCUCGCGGGGCAUGGCUUCUGGCUGAAGGGCUGGCCCAGGGGUCUAGCGUCCAAGUCAUCCGCCUCUGGAAUAACCACAUUCCCUGCAACAUGGCCCAGUGCCUGCAGAGCCAGGAGCCCAGGCUGGACUUUGCCUUCUUUGACAACCAGCCCCAGGCCCCUUGGGGUACCUGAUGGCCCCCUCAAGACCUUUGGAAUCCAGCCAAGUGAUGCUCCCAAGCGAUCCACCCUUUGCCCACUGGGAUAAAUGACUCAGGAAAAAAGAGCCUCGGCAGGUGCUUUGCCCUCCACCCAGGAGGAAGGACGCGCGUGUCCUGCUGCAGUCCUCAGGGAGAACUUUUUUGGGAACCAGGAGCCAGGUCUGGCCAAAGGAGUUCCCUGCAUUACGUGUGAUGUGUGAUCAUAGGGGACACGUGGCACACAGUGAGGGUGUCAUGACAAUGCGUGACACAUCAGGUUAGAUGCGGCAGUGUGACCCCUUGACAUGUGGCAUGACAUGAAACUGACAGUGUGACACAAUGGCAUGGGUCCUGGCAUCCCACGUGGCAGGAUACAUGAUUGUUGGUCCACAUAUGACACAUGACAAAUGUCCAUGUCACAGGACUCAUGGCUGGCCAAAUGACCUCAGGCUGGCCCAAGAUCUAAUUUAUUAAUUUUUAAAGCAAAUACAUAUUUAUAGAUUGCAUGUAUGGAGCAGCUAAGCCAGGAAAAGUCUUCCACCCGAGCUGGGAGGGGAGAGUGUCCAUGCACUGACCAGUCCAGGGACCCAAGGGCCAGGGCUCUGGGACAAGCCGGGACUCAGCCAUAAAGUCCCCUCCUGCCUCAAUCCUCAGUCUACCCAUCUGUAAACUUGACCCCUCCCUUACUUACAUACCAACUUCCAAGGAGUUGGGGCCCAGGUGGAGGUAGGGCCAGCCUGGCCUUGGGAGUGGACAAGCCCAGUCUGUCCUGUGUACGGGACAAAGCCAGGUCUAAUGGUACUGGGUGGGGUCCACUGCCAAGACCAUAGGCUAGGCUACUGGCUCCAGCUGCUACCUUGGUGUGAUUCAGGUGAGCAGGCACUCCACAUGUUACACAGUGUUUUUGUUACUUCCGAGAAGAACCAAGAAUGGCUCUGUCACACUCAAAGCCAAGUUUGAUCAAUAAACGUGAUGGUCUUCCAC